CUUUUGGUCGGGACCUGGAUUUCAACAGCAGGAAUGGCUACUUUGAAACAAUUAUGGUUACAUUCCAUAAACCAAGGAACUUUUAAUCGUCACAUGAUGAGUCAGACCAGUCUCUGAAUAUUAAUAGGAGCCGACUUUAAAUUCGGUCAACGGACCUCUGCUUGUAAACAUGGAAAGGCUUGGAAAUUCGGAUGGUGCUUGCUCAAGUAUAUGACAACAACUUGGAGAGCUCUACGGACAGCUUUUAACCUUUUUUUUUAGAUUUAGUCUUUUAACGCCAGAAUUUACGCAUCGCGCGUCUUUGGAGAGAUUGCGUGUUUAAGUGUUGCAAUCUGUUUUAGUUAUUGUAGAAAAUAUACUUCAUUUCGAUUUUCGCCCAUUGCUGCAUUGAUUUUAUCUAGAUAAGCUAUUUUCAGUCAUGGCUGAAUAGACUAGUUCUACACGUUCUAAGGACAGAUAGGUCUGGUUUUGGCUGUCUGUUUUAGGCACGUCCUUUGCAAUUAUGGGUUAUUUGCUGAUUAAGUUUUGAGGUAGGCCUUUUUUGAUAAAAGAAGACAAAGAGCCCAGAGAACUCCACUUAAGAUGAGGUCUUCGUUGGCUCCAGGCAUUAAAGUCAUUACAUCGUUCUCCAGAGACAGCUGGUACAGAGGCUUCAUUCUCUUCCUCACAUUUCUGUUCUACACGAGUUAUCAUCUGUCUCGUAAGCCCAUCAGUGUUGUCAAGAGUCAACUACACAGAAACUGUUCCACUGUAAUUCGACCUCCGGGUGUAAAUAUCACCAACAAUGACACCUGGUGUGACUGGGCGCCCUUUGAUCAGGACAACUACCAAACGCUGUUUGGUGCAGUUGACAACUCCUUCCUUGUGGCCUAUGCAAUUGGCAUGUUCUUCAGUGGCAUCUUCGGCGAGCGCUUGCCACUGCGUUACUACCUCACGGUCGGGAUGGUGCUCAGUGGGAUCUUCACCUCUCUCUUCGGCCUCGGCUACUACUUGGAGAUCCACUCAAUCUGGUACUACGCCUUCGUCCAGGCUAUGAAUGGGCUGGUGCAGACGACUGGAUGGCCAGCCGUCGUUGCCUGUGUUGGAAACUGGUUCGGAAAGGGGAAGCGCGGGUUCAUCAUGGGAGUCUGGAACUCCCACACCUCGGUGGGCAACAUCCUGGGAUCUCUCAUCGCCGGCGUGUUUGUGUCGUCCGCCUGGGGCCUCUCCUUCAUUGUACCCGGCAUCAUCAUCUUCUCCACCGGAGUCCUCUGCUUCUUCUUCCUAGUCGAGCACCCUGACGAUGUCAACUGCACACCACCACAGCAUCAUCAGCAGGAAAGUCCGGAGCAGGAGCCCCUACUGAGGAACUCGUCCAAUGAGGAGAUCUUCAGCAGUCCUCCCCCGGCCUCGGCCAACAGCGUGGUGGUGGAACACAGCGAGGAGGAGGCCGAAGCCAUCAGCUUCUGUGGAGCCCUCAGAAUACCUGGUGUUGUUGAGUUCUCUCUGUGUCUGCUGUUUGCCAAGUUGGUCAGCUAUACUUUUCUCUACUGGCUCCCACUGUAUAUUGCUAAUGUUGCUGACUUUGACCCUAAGUCGGCAGGAGACAUGUCAACGUUAUUUGACGUUGGAGGAAUUCUGGGAGGGAUCGUGGCUGGACUGGUGUCUGACUACACAGGGGGCAGGGCUUCAACCUGUUGUGUCAUGCUGAUCUUCGCUGCCCCAAUGCUGUUUCUGUACAAUCAUGUUGGUGCGAACGGCGUGCCAACCACAAUCGGUAUGCUGCUGGUGUGCGGAGCCCUGGUCAAUGGACCGUACGCCCUCAUCACCACCGCCGUGUCAGCUGACCUGGGUACCCACGAGUGUCUGAGAGGUAACUCCAGAGCUUUGUCAACGGUGACCGCCAUCAUCGAUGGAACUGGAUCAAUAGGUGCUGCCCUUGGCCCUCUGCUAGCUGGCGUCAUCUCCCCCACGGGCUGGAACAACGUCUUCUACAUGCUCAUCUCUGCUGACGUGCUGGCCUGUCUGUUCCUCUCCCGGGUGGUCUAUAAGGAGAUAAGAGGCUGGUGUGGAUAUCACACAAGGAUGAGAGGGUUUAAAGAGAUCUGAGGAAGCAGGUUGAAGCACUAAAAGAUCUCCGGUCCCGUCCGUCUGUCUGGGACCGUAUAUCAUCACGCAGCAUAUCAGAAGAAGGGACCAAAUUUCCGAAGUGACACCAGCCAAGCUGUUUGUGAAUACCAAAUACCUCGUGUGCCUCUUUUGCCUUUCUCAGUCGCGCUCAUCGGCCCCCCUCCUGAGCUCUUGAGCAGAGCUGUGUAGAUUGACACUGACAGAGUAGCCAGGGUAUUAUGUAACGGUGGUACUUUCGUAUCCGUAACGCUGCGGGCCCUUGUUAGCAACAUGUUACAGACACUUUUCAUACUUCAGACUGGUUUUGGAAUGAUUAAGGUGGUAGGCUUUUACUGUAUGUUUACUGUAUAUUGCGUAUAAACACGAGAGUUUUAACGCCCUCCGUGUCUUAAGGUAAUCCUUUGAAGAGAGGAUAUGAGCUUUUUUUUAUUAAUAUUUUUAUUAAUGAGUGUUUUUACAAAACUAAUUUAUCUCUUCAUGUGCCUCCCUUUUUCUGCUUGAUUCAAAUCCAGUUGUACUUUUGUGAUUAAAAUUUUGCCUUUUGUGCAA